UUGGCCAUUCAUUGUAGUCCCCAACUAGAUGUAGCCUUUCAGGACAUGAAAUAAUCCGCCCCUCAGAAAAGAACAAUCUCAAAGUGGAACAUUAGUGCUGGAUGCAUAAUGGCAGUUCGGCGGCUGGCGUACCUUCAGAAUCCGAGACGCGUGACAGGUGUGUGUACGGAGUGUAGGACGGUACAUGGACACUUCCACACACUAAAGAUCUCUGCAGGCAAAUGGAUCAACAAAUUGAAGGACCAGUUUUUAUUACAAGUCCCAUUUAUUGGCAGUAAUUUCAACAUAAGGAAGCUGCUCAAAAGAUAUGGAUGGUGAUGACAGUGUUAUUGAAGAUGAAUGGGCUGGCUUGCGUAGAAGGUUUAGCAUUGAAGGGCUGGAAUGGGAGACAUUGGAGUCUGAUUCGCGGACUCUCCACGUGUGGCGUUGGAUAGUGGAUGCUGAAGCUAACCUGAAAGCAGCUCGCCAUAUUAAUGACAAAUUGAGAAGACAACAUGAAGAGGAAAAAGUGGAACUGGAGAAAUAUUCUGAACAUAUACGUGCUAAAUGUGAGGAACGAGUUAAAGAGCUAGAUGACGAGGUCCAACACUUGAAGGAGGAUUUGGAGGCUCUACUGGCAGGUACACAAGCAGUUUCAGCCUUGCUUCUUGAAGAAGGCUUAGAGGAUGUGGCUCAGAGCUCAUUGGGGGAACAGAUUGCUUACCUGCUCGUGGAGAGGUCAAAGCUGAACGAAGAACUGACUGCUGCUCGAACCAAACCAGCUUCUGAUCGUGAAAAAGAUCUGACAACUCAGCUCAUCAAGACAUGUACAGACUUAGAACUUCUAAAGCGAACUCAUCAAGAGGCAGAAUGUCAGCUGACGGAAAUGUCGGACCGAGUUGCACUACUGGAAAAGGCCUCAUGUCAACUAGAAUUGGACAAUGAGACCUUGGCCUAUAAGCUCUCUGAGGCCUUGGCUGAGAUAGAGGAUAAUGAAGGGCAACUCCGACGAUGCGGCAAGAACUCGUGCUUCAGACGAGGAGAGUCGCUACGAACAAGCUUGCGGAGCCAAGAGGAAUUUGAACCACAAAGCCUAAGGAGCCUACCACUCUCAGACAGUGCAUUCUCUCAUGGGGAUCCUCAAAGGAAGGGUGUUCACAAAAGAGAGUCUUCAAGAAGUAGCGAGAGAAGAAAGCUAAGGGAGCCAGCAAGAAUGGAAAGAGGCAAAUCGCCUAGGAAUAGCCUGAGGAAAAGACACAAUGACAGGGCAAGCAUCUUGGGCGGAGGAGCUGAAGUUAAGGAUGCCGUGCCUCACAUUGACGAAGGAGAGUCGGCAUCAUCAUUACUCGGGAAAGGUCAUGAACUGUUUGGCAGUCAUCGCAACAGCAUUGUGAGCUGUGGAUCUACUUCCCCUAGAAAGCUCCAUUCACUCUUUGACGAACAAAUUCAAAGUUCCAGAAACCAAAUCAGUAUGCUAGAAGAGGUUAAGAAGCUUCAAAUUGAGCUGGAAACAAUUAAAAAGAAUCUUGUAGAAGCUGGGGACAAAUAUGAAUUUAUUGUGCGAAAAUAUGAAGUCUAUAAGAUUAAAAGCAAAAAUAAAGUUUAUUCAGUCAAAUCCGUUUAUCAGUCAGAGCUCGACACCUUGAAGCGAAGGAUUGGCCAGCUAGAAGCAGAAGUGGCCCUCCAGGGAGACCAACUUCAGGCCGAAGAGUCCUUGAGACGGCAGCUGGAACAAGAUUUAUCGAGCAUUAGAACAGAUCGUCAGGAGUUGGCAAUGAGAGUGCGUGAAAGUGAGAGAAUAGCCCAAGACCGCAGCCAGGAAGUUAAGCUACUUGAAGAGAAAGUAAGACUUAUCCAGGGUAUGAACCAAGAGCUCAGUGAGAAGCUUCAGGAACUCAGUGUAGCAGCUAUUGUUGGGUAGAACCAUAUUGUCUUGUAGGAUGAUAAAAUAAUAUUGUAUUGAAAGUGAAUUUUAUAAUUAGCCUGACAACAUUUUCAUCCAUUUUAAAAUCAUAAUCAAUUUGUUUAUAUUCUGUUAUUAAUUUGAAUAUUUAAUGAUAUUUUCAUUUUUUUAAUUUGAUAUUUUUCUCCACACUGCUAAUGGUUUUUCUGGGGGUGUAUCGUAUUUUUUUCAGCACACAGUAUUAAACACGCCUAAUUUACAAGGUUAUUUUGUGGAAAAGCUAUUUUAGUAUGUUUCAUCAUACAUUUUUUUUAAAGUGAUUUUCAAGUGGUUGUGUAGACGAACUGCAGUCUCUUAUUAUCUAAUAGCUGUGGGUAACAUAGCAACUGUAAGGAUAAAGGGGGAAAACUAUAAAUUGGUCAAUAAUUAACAAAGUUGUUUUGUGGUUUUAGAGGUUGUUGGGAAGAGAAAUUUGCAUUGAGACAACAUUAAGGUAACUAGUUUGUCUAGGUGAGACCUUGAUAAGCUUAACAGGCUUCUUUUACCUUACUAUGGGAAACUAUUAUUGUGACUCACAAUAGAUAUACUGAAUUUGAAAAUAACUCAGGGGUUAACACCCAACCAAUUGGCUUACAACCAAUUGGACCCAUGUUUGUUGCCUCAGGCAGGACGAAAUGUUUAAUUGGCACAUUUCCAUACACCUGAUGCCCGAGUUAAUCUCGCAGUGUAUAAGGUACCCAGGAGUUAGACAACUAUUGUGGGACCCUGCCUAAGUAUUGUAAGAUGAAACCCACAAUAGGAUUGUGGGUCGCAGGUUCCCCGCCCCCCCUUCCCCUUCCCCUUUGGUCAGCAUUUGACCAAGGAGGACCCAGACUAACAGGCUUCUGUGCCAGGCAAUGGAAAACCAUAUAAUUCUGUCUUGAUCAAAGUAAGAAGUAAUUCAUUAUAAUAAAGUUGAAUAGUUUAAGCAUUUGUAGUAUGCCAGGUUUCUUAAAUUGUGAGGUCAAGGAAUAUCAGCGCUGAUGAUACCAACUUUAUAAUGCUGAAUAUCUACUAUGAUUUAGGAGAUAUUUGGGCUCCUAGCCCAAAUUAUACUUAAAAAAAAAUGCAUUUUCAAUUAAGGAAGCAAGUGAUAUUUAUGGAAGUAAUUUAAGGAAUAUCUUAAAAUAUUUAAGGAAGUAAAUGAUAUAUGAUAUGUUUAUAUCAUAUAUUUACCGUACUUUGUAUUUAGUAUGCAUAGUACAUUCGGUAUACAGUUUUGUUUACAUUGUACGGUGUGUAUGGUAUAUCAGUAAUGUGAGUGGUUCAUGAAUUACAUACCUUACAAUAUAAAAAAAAAAAAUUGUACACUACUUCUUGCAUAUUUAAUGUACAGUAUAUUAAAAUAAUUUAAAAAUGUAUAUUUUUUAUAAAUUAUCAGAAAGCAUAGAUAUCAUUGUAAUUAUUAAUGUGUUUUAAUUUAUGAAUUUAUUUUAUUUAUUUCAUUGUAUCAUGUAAAAAACUUUAUUCUGUCUUUGAUGAAUGAGAUGUUGUCAUACAAAGGAGGUUUCAUUUUUGAUGGUAAAUAAAGCAUUUUGUUACAAA